AUGCCAAAGUCGACAAGCAAAAAGGCUCCCGUCUCCUUCUCCUCCCUCCCCCUACAGCUAAUCGGCGCCAUCCUCUCCGCCGGUGAGUUCGACCUCCUCCAAGUAAUCCAACUCCUGCGCAUCUCGCGCAGAAUCAGACGCGCCGCCCUCUCCACACCCGCCAUCUGGCAAAACAUCACUACAACCGUCAGCGCCGCGUCCAGGGGACAAGUCAUCAAAGCCCUAGCCCACGCCGUCAAACUCUCCGGCGGCCUCCCCCUCUCCCUCAACUUGAAGCUCAAGCAGGGAUUGAGUGUCAAUGGGGACAUAUCCUAUCUUGCUUGGGCGAUCUUCGAGACAGGUGAGCGGUGGGAGAGUCUCACUUUCGAGUACCUGUGGACGGACUGGCCGGGCGACUUCCUAUCCGAACACCUCUUCCAGUCUUUGGAAUUCUUCACGGCCAUCGGCGCAGCAGGCGCACCGGGCAAAAGCCCCUUCACCCACCUCUCCACAUUCAAAGUCGCGCACACUGGCGUGCUGGGGCACUUUGCCCCGCAGCUGUGGGGUAUCUCGACUGUCUUUCCCCAUUUGAGGCAUUUGAGUUUGAGCACGGAGUGGGGUGAGUUUGCGGGUAUGAGGAGGCUGGAGAGUGUGCAUCUUGAGGCGUUGGUGUUUUUAGAUGUGAAGUAUACCCUCCUUGAGGAUAUCCUGCUUGGCGUUCCGACGCUCAAGAAUCUCAGUAUCGUUACUUCUGAGGGAUUUGUCUUCAAUGACGACGAGAUUAACCCUGAGGAUCCUGAAGCGAUACGGAGGGUGGAGGAGGAGCGGGAGAAGGCGAGUGCCCAGGAAUUGUCUAGCGCGCAAGUACUCAUUCGAGCACCGAGGCAUGUUAUUGUGAGCGACGGGAAAGACUUGUAUCGUUUUUGCACUGCGCUCAGGGAAGAGUGCAUGACAUUCUGCAUUGAUGAGGUCGCUAGCUCGGAUGACGAGGACAGCGAUUCGGACGACGAUGGCAGUGAUUCGGAUGAUGACUAUGUGAUCGUGAUUUUGUAG